AGUCGAGGGCACGGACGGCAACGUCUUGCUUCGGCGGGGCAAGUACAACGGGAAGGACGUCGUUAUCCACCGCAUGGGCUACACGGCCGACGAGGCGGGCUAUGCGGCCGACGAGGAGUUUACGCAGCACAUUGCCCGUGUCCUCAAAGCCCAGUCGGACGUCUAUACGCCUCGAGUGCUCGGCCACGCCAUUGUCAACAGCGACAAAAUCGCCUGUGCGGCUUUUGGAGAAGUCCAAGAGACAGUGCCGUGCCUCGUUGUCGACCGCGACGGUUUGCGGUCUCUCCACGACGUCAUCGCCAGCCAAUGGCUGCUCGGGGACCCGCAACUGUGGAAGCGCAAGAUCACGAUUGCACGUGCGAUUCUACUCGGCCUUCUCGACUUUAUCGCGCGCGACGUUCGGCACGUGGACGUCACUGCACACAACGUCUUUUUGAAGCCCGACUUGGAGACACCCCAGUUUGCCAACGUCGGUCGUCAGAGCAAGAGUCCGGACGGUGUCUUUACCUGGUACCCUCCCGAGCUGCUCCCCGAUGGCGUCGGUCUCACACCAACAACGGACGUGUUUGCAUUUGGCACGCUUUUGUACGAGAUCACGACCAACCGCGAGCCGCUUCGCGAUGAAGACAGGGAGCUGGCGCUGCAAACGCUUCAUGACCAGCGUGGCGCGAGCGGUGGCUGCCCGACGGAUCUCGUGCAGUUGAUUCGCGACAGUUUGCGCCAGUUGCCCGCCGAGCGUCCGUCUCUGGAAGACGUCCUAGAACGCCUCGAUGGCUUGCUUGUGCCAACGUUGCCCACCGCCGACGCAGCGUUGAUCGAAUUCGUCGACGGCCACGUCCCGCUUGGCCAAGGAGCGUUUGGUGUCGUCAGACUGUGUCGGUACAAGGGCAUGGAGUGCGCGCACAAGCAAUUGUGUCGCCCCACGAAUUGCACUGAUCGCCAGUACUCGACUAUCGUGAGAAAGUGCUACCAAGAGAUGGAGGUCCUGUCAAGCCUCGACCCGAAGUACGUACCACGCUUUAUCGGGUGUAUAGCACCUGAGCACCCAGACCAACCACCCGCCUACCUCAUGGAGGUCGUACCCGGCAACGACCUCUCCAAGGAACUCUGGCAGAUCAAGCAACAAGCGACGUUUCCGUGGCAAGAGCGCUGCAAGAUUGCGCUCAAGAUCAUCAAAGCGAUCGAGUACCUCCAUAAAUGGCGAAUCGAGCACUUGGACCUCAAGUCGUCCAACAUCAUGCUCACGCCCGAGAACGAGAUUCGGAUCGUCGACUUGGGCGAGUCAGUGCACACAGCCGACCCCAACAGCUACAACGAAGUCGCUGGCGUCGGGACAUACCAGUGGAUGGCACCCGAGAUCCUUGCCGGCCGCACGGUCCACGCCACGAAAGCCGACAUUUACUCGUUUGGCAUCAUCCUCUCGGAGAUUGCGAUGCUCGUCCAGCCCUACAGCGACAUGGGGUUUGCAAAUGAGUUUGUUUUAAAGAAGAACGUCGAGAGCGGCGUGCGGCCGACGAUGGACCCGGCACUUCCUCACUGGAUCCGAGACCUUGCGACGAAAUGCUGGCACGCCAAGCCCGAAGAUCGACCGUCGGCAAAAGACGUCCAUGCCUACCUCGAAGAUGUGCUGGCCCAGGAUCGUUGCGCAUCAACCAGCCCACCCCUUGGCACCUUCUUUGGAUAGAUGGAGAGAGUAAUGUGAAUCGUUACAAUGUUCUGAAACUGA